AUGAGAUCCUUAAAUUUUCAAUCAAUAGUCACACAGUUUUUUGAGGUAGGUCAGAAUUUUUGGCGCCAAAAAUUUGAAUUCAAAUUUUUACAGUAUGAGAGUACGGUAGUUGUUCGCUGGCCACUUCCAUUUGUCGUACUUCCGCCGGUUUUUACAAUACUUAUGGGUAGGUCAAAGAUUACUGUAGAUCAAAUUUUAGUUUUUUCUCUACAGUAACCCUAACCAUCACCAAUUUCACACAUUUGAACAUCACAAAUGACACGUUGCAAGUUUUUCUACCGGAUGAUAUGCAAUCGUUGCGAGACCUCAAACAACUCAUAUAUUUAUUUCCGCCGCGAGACCCGCAACGCGACACCUACAGUAUUUUUGGCGCCAAAUUUGUGUAUACGGUAAUUGAGGCGCGAAAUGAGCAAGGGAAUAUUUUGGAAAGCGAGGGAAUUCGAAAAAUGGUCGAGUUGCAUAGAUUUGUGAUGGCGAUUACGGUAUGUUCCUUUAAACAUUUUUGAAUUGUUGAAUUUUGCAAAAAAAUCUAGCAUGAGCAAUGCUCGAAAAUACAGUAACCCUACCCUGUCAGAAUUUCAGGAAAAACAUGGUUUUUUUGUUGAAAAAACUUUAACAUGAGCAAUGCUUUCGAGAAAUUCAGAAUUUCUCUAAUCUGAGCAAUAAUAGGUCAAUUUUCAUGAUACUUAACCCAAAACUCUCCAAAAAAAUUUCCAGACCGCCUCAGGCAUAAAAUUCUCCGAAAUCUGCCUCAAAACCGACGAAAACUCGUGCACUCUCCACCCAAUUUCAUUAGCUCUCGAAGAUUCGGAGCCCGAAUUAUCGAUCCAAUUUCUGUUGAGAUAUCCAAGUCUCAAAUUCGGCGACGAAUUUUCAAUCGAUAAUGCAAUGGUUUUCGGCGGAGUCGAGACAAUUCCGAAGUCACAGGAUUUCGACGGAAAUUCGGCAAUUCAAAAAGCCAAGGCAGUUAGGCUAACUUAUAUUUUGGAGAGCUCGAAAGCUGCCGAUUUGUGGAUUGAUGCGUUUUUGCGGGAAAUUGGGAAGUUUGAGGGGAAAAAUAAUAAUGAGACAACGAUUUUAUGGUCAAGUUCGAAAAGUUUGGCAAAGGAAAUGGAAAGGAAUGGGGAGGUUUGUAUUGGGAGAAAAUCAGUUAUGACGUGGAUUUUUUUGAAACUGUAAAGCAAGUUUCGUUUUCAAAUUUUUUUUUGAGAAUAGAAUUUUUCAAAUUUUCUAGCCUGAUUUAUUUAAAUUUUUGAAGAAAAAAAGAUAGAUUUUUCGGCGGAUAAUUGAAAAAAUUAAAAAUUUAUCUAACAUGAGCAAUGUGAAAAAAUUCCCCAUUUCAUUUUUUUUCCAGCUCCUUAUCCCGUGGAUGCCGUGGACUUCUCUAGUUCUCAUCAUUUUUUGCAUGUUUGCCUGUAGUUCUCCAAAAUCUUUGGUGAAAUCACAGCCUUUUAUUGGAUUUUUCGCCAUGUUCAAUGCUACAAUGGCUACAAUCGCAUCAACUUCGCUAUUGAUUUAUUUACAGUAUCCAUUUUUGCCGUUGGUUUUUAUUAUGCCAUUUUUAGUUGUUUGUGAGUUUUUUUUUUGGCGCCAGAAUCUUUUAAAAAAAUUGCGUUCGCUAAACAAGAGGCGGAGUGUCGUUGUUUUAUUUUUUGUUUAUGUUUUGUUUUCGAAAACAUAUGUGUGUGUUUUUCACUGUUUUUUUUUUAUUUUUUGCGACAAAUAGCUGUCUAAUGCAGUGAUUCACGAAAUAAAAACGUUUUUUAACUGUUAAAAAAAGUUUUUUUUCGUGAAUCAGCGCAUAAAGUAUUUAUAGUCGCAAAAAUGACGGAUUGGAAUGUGCCGGAUCUUUUGAACUGUAUAAAACUCGUUCUCAAUGAUGGUGUAGGUUUUUUCCCAUUUCACACAAUUCAUUUUCGUACAUUUCAAACUUUGUUUUCACAGAUAAUUCUUCAACCACCCCAAGAAGAUCUCAAAAAAUAUGAGAAAUCAGAGGAUCUCGAAGAUUUUGUGCAGGAUCUGUUCAAGAAAUCGGAAAGAGUUGGGGAAUUUUAUGACAACAUUGAUACGUUCAGAAAAGAUCUUGAAAAAGCAUGGGAUAUGCCUGAAUAUUAUCGAUAUGGAUAUGAUAGACCAGGGACGGAAUUCGCGAAAUCUUUCCGUGCUGGACAAACUGUCUAUAAAGACGAAAAGGGGAUUGAAUACUUAUCGAAACAUGAUAUGAUAUUGGAGUUUUAUGAUAUUUUCAAGGAUAUUCCUAUGCAUGAAAUGGCUUCAGCUUCUUUCUUGCAUUGGUUCUAUUAUUUAAUUCCACAACAAUACCAUGAACUGGAGAAUUCCUAUGAAUUAGUACCAUAUUCGAUAGGUUCAUCUAUGCGAAAAGCAGCUGAAGAAAUGGAUAGUGUUCAACCAUUCAAAGGUGUUAUACGAGAAAAAAACAUGUUCGAACUCCGAAAAUAUUUUGAUGAGGAUGAUGAAGAUUUUCUUAUCGAUCAGGUUCAAAAGCUUCUCGAUCAACAUCCAAUUUCUAGCGAGGAAUAUCAAGAAAUCUACAAGAAGAUACACGGGGAAAUUAGGGGAAAUAUUGAGAAGGCUAUGGAUGUUCAAGACAAUUUCAGAUUUGCAAUGGAACCCUCGAGAGAUCCUUUUCCAAUUGUUCGAUGUUUUACGUCGAAAAUAUCGGAAAAGCCAAUGAAGUUCUAUUUUGAAAAAGAGGUUUUCAGUGCGAUCAAAUCUUUGAGACAAGAUGUGAGAGACAAAUUUGAAUUCAAUGCUGAAACUAGAGAGGAACGGAACCUUGGAAUUGUGAAUGUGAUAACUGAGCAAAAUUUUAUCGAAAUUUUGGAAAAAUAUAAGGUUUCGAUGGAUGAUUUGGCUGUAAGUUCUUCAAAAAUUCUAAACAGUUUUUUUUCAUAAACAAAUUGUUUUCGCAGAUUAUAAGAAUGGGAUGUAAAAGUUUCUCAACUAUGAUCGUCCAGCCGAUUAUUUCAAAUUACGGAACAUUCUGCAAACUGGCGGCUGAUGCAUUCCUCCAAGUUGUACGAUAUAUGAUAAGAAAUUUGGAACUCUUCACUAAUAUCGACGAAAAUGAAUUUGCCAAUUUGAUAAUGUGGAUCGAGACGAAUUUGGCUGAUUUUUUUGGAAAAUCUGGAAAAAUAUGUGCAAUUGAGAUGUGGAAAAUCGAGGAGAUGAUUGAAAAAGCGAACCGGGAAUUGAAAUUGAAGAAAUCGUCAAUUCACAAACUUCCAUUGAAAGAAUCAUACGAAAAAUCGGAGAUUCUUGAUUUUGUUCAAAAAUCCUUUCAACCACUGAACUUGGAUUUGGAGGUUUUCAAAUUUCAUUAUACGAAAAUAAUUGAUAAAAGAAUUCCCAAAAGAAGUGAUGCUUAUAAAUUGUUGAGCACAUGCAUCGAACAUAAAAUAAUUGAUUCUUUGAAAGAUUUGCGGGUGGCUUUUGAUCAACAAAGUGGAAAUGGGAAAAAUGAAGUGGAUUCGAACAAAAUGAUGAAAGAAUUGGAAAUUGAUAAAAAGAUGGAAGAAGUUGUGGAAAAAGUUAAAGAAAUAGCCAAGUAAGAUUUUUUUUUUAAUAAAUGGGCUAAAACUUGUAAAAGCUAAUAUUUUUAGUUAUACGCUUGCACACUUCGAAGUUGGCAAAACUCAACCGAUUUCAAAAUUCGAAAAGUUAUUGGAAAUUCCAAAUUUUCGCGAAACAUUUGAUGACAAUUCAUGGAAAUAUCUGAAGGCGAUUUUCCAAGAUUUCGAAAAAACGAAACAAUUGCUGAAAAAUUUCGAACAUUUAUACGAUUUUGAGGAAAAAAAUGGAGAAUUAUUGUUUUCGAAAAAGGAAAAAUAUAUUGGAGAUUUGGAAUCGAUUCGAUUGAUGGAAAUGCAGGAAAUGGAGCGAAUUAAUAGAAAGAGGAAAUUGAGCGAGAAAGAGGAAUUGGAGCAAAAUCCGGAAAAAUUGAGGGAUGAAAAUAAGAAAUUGAGACGUAUUGUGGAUGAGCUUCAAGGGCAAUUGGAAGAUGAACGAAAGCGGUGAGUUUUUUAGCUGGGAACAUUUGAAAAUUUAAAGUUCCUGAGCCAAUUUAAUGUAUUUGAGAUACUCUGAUCUCUUAUGUCUUAUAUUAUAAGAUACAGUUCAUACUGUAGAAAAGACUAGACAGAAAAGUUUUUAUUGAAAGAAAGAACAAAAAAUCGCAAAAAUUUGCAGAUUUGAAGAAAUGGUGCAAAAAAUCAAAGAAGAAAACCAGAAGAAUGAGCAAACCACGCCAAGCGGUUAA